GUCUUCUGUUCGCCGCUUAGCAACGGGACGCCAGCACUGCGCUACCAUGGUAACAUAAUUUGCGUCAACCGACCGUGUCGUGCGCCAGAGAAUGGGGACGAAAAACAAUAUGGUGGAUCUUUUUGAAUUUUAAAGUUUUUAAAAAAUGAUGUGAAACAGAACAAGAAAAUUGUGACCCUUUUAGAGAAUGGUGUUUUAUUUCACGAGCGAAGUUGUCUCACCACCCUAUACGAUUUACAUGGGCAUCGAUAAACAUGAGAACGAAGAUUUGAUCAAGCAUGGUUGGCCAGAAGAUAUUUGGUUUCAUGUGGAUAAAGUGUCAUCAGCACACGUGUAUUUGAGGCUACCAAAGGGCCAGUCAAUAGAUGAUAUUCCUUCCACUGUGUUAGAUGACUGUGCACAACUGGUGAAAGCUAACAGCAUUCAAGGAAACAAGAUGAAUAAUGUUGGUGUAGUGUACACACUUUGGGAAAAUUUAAAGAAAACAAAUGACAUGGAGGUUGGGCAAGUUGGUUUUCAUAAACAGAAAGAGGUGCGUUCGAUGAAAGUUGAGAAGAGAAUCAACGAGGUAGUGAAUCGUUUGAAUAAGACGAAAACAGAACGAUUUCCUGACCUGAGGGUGGAACGAGAACAACGUGAUCAAGAGGAAAGAGAAGACAAACGCAAGGAAAUGCAGGAGAAGAGACAACUGGAAAAAGAAGAAGAGAGGAGACGUGCAGCUGAAGCAGAAGCAAGGAGUUACUCUAAUUUAAUGAAUCCUGAGAAUAUGAAAAGCAACCAGGCUGGGGGCUCUGAUUCUGACGACUUUAUGUGAAAAGGCCUGUCAGCUAGGUACAGCAAUGGAUUGUGAUGUAUAACUGGGGAGAGUUGAG